UUUCGGGCAGGCUACCAGUGGCUGCAGUCACUGCAGCCAAUCUGAACGGUUUCCAUCAAAGAGAAGCACUGCCAGCUAUAAGAGGGAUUGAGCUACCAAUCCCUCUUAGGACAAAUUGACUUUAUCACCAUCUUAUAAGCACUAUCUUGAAAGCACAAGCACAGUGCACAACUUGUAAAUUGCAACCCACCCUCUCCAGGACAGCAGCAAAGCUUAUGGGAGAGAACAACAAUGCAAGAUGCAAGAUGGCAGAUCUCGGAGAAAAUUGCGCCCUCAUCACCGUGGACUGGAAUAAUUAAAAUGUCUUGUAUCCAGACUGCUCGAUGUUCUGUGAGCAUGUAUGAACUAGUCAGACUAGUUUAAAAUGGCGGCGCCCAUGAAAUCAACACACUGUGGCACAAAACAAACGUAUUUUUGGGUUAUAUUUAUUGCAUUUUCAGUAACUAGUACGCGUCAUGAGGAUUGUAAAACCGAUGAGUACUUACACGAAAAGGACAAAUAUUCUAGAAAUGAGCCCAAUACGAAAGUAUCACAUGAAACAAGUUCAAAAACGCCGUGUGAACUAUCGUCUUCAAGAAACGCAAACCACGACGAAGACGACAUCGAUGAUAUCAGCAAAGCCAAUCAACAACAAAGGGUAGCUCUUGUGUCAACAUUUAGUGAUUGGCACUUCGAUGAAAGACAGCUCCUUAUUGAAACAUUGCCAUUAGAUGACAUUGAGGAGAACUACGUUCGGCAAGUGAGAAAUGUUGUCUUCUCUAAAGUUUUCCCAAGUCCAAUGAAAACAAGAUCACAUCUUAUCGCAUUGUCUGAAGAAGUAGCUGGCGGCAUCUUAGAUCUACAUCCAGAUGCUUGCAACUCAGAAUUCUUCACAGCCUUUGUGACUGGAAACACUUUCCUAUCUAACUCUGUUCCGCUGUCUCAUCGUUAUGGAGGUCACCAGUUUGGAAGUUGGUCCGGACAGCUUGGGGAUGGUAGAGCAGUAUUGCUGGGAGAAUAUGUCAAUAGUAAAGGUGAUAGAUGGGAGUUACAGUUGAAGGGUUCUGGACUUACUCCAUACUCAAGACGUGGUGAUGGUAGAGCAGUUCUCAGAUCAUCAAUCAGAGAAUUCUUAUGUUCGGAAGCCAUGUACCAUCUUGGGAUUCCAACGUCUCGAGUAGUAAGUCUAUCUGUAAGUUCGGAUCCUGUCUGGAGAGAUCAGUUCUAUGACGGUCAUCCCAAGCAAGAGAAGGCAGCAGUUGUCUUGAGACUGGCGCCAUCUUGGUUCCGUAUUGGUUCCUUAGAGAUUUUGGCAAAGAAUCAAGAGAUUGCUCUUCUCAGGAAGUUAACAGAUUUUUUGAUUGCGCAAUACUUUGCUGAAGUUCACAUGAGUGAUGCUGAUCGAUACUUAGCUUUCUUUGCUGAGGUUGUGUCAGAGACUGCUAGUAUGAUUGCAAAAUGGAUGUCUGUUGGAUUUGCACACGGAGUUAUGAACACGGAUAACUUCAGUUUACUUUCUAUUACCAUCGACUACGGUCCAUUUGGAUUUCUGGAUUCCUACAUACCAGAGUUUGUUCCCAACACAUCAGACGAUGAAGCACUUUACAGCUAUGAGAAACAACCAGAUGUUGCUUACUUCAAUUUAAAUAAACUCAGAAUUGCGCUAUUACCACUGGUUACUAAGCAACAGUCAUCACAACUGGGUUACAUUCUAGAAGGAUAUCAAGGAAUCUACAAGACUCGUUUCAUGCAACUAUUUCGUAAAAAACUUGGAUUAACUGGAGUUGAAGAAGUGGAUGAAUACAUCAUUGGUUUCCUCCUGAGGCUCAUGCAAGACACCAGUGCAGACUUCACAAUGACAUUCCACCAGUUGGGGGUGCUGUCACUUGACAACCUUUACAAGAACGAGAUUCCAGAGUCACUGUGGGCCUUAAAAGAUCUACAACAACAUGAGAGAUUUUCAGACUGGACACAAGACUAUACUGAUCGUGCUAGGAGGGCUGGAGGAGAGACUAGACUUACAAAUAGAGAAGAAAUCAUGAAUGCUGUGAAUCCACGCUACAUCCUGAGGAACUGGAUGGCACAUGAAGCCAUCCAGAAAGCAGAAGGAGGAGAUUAUUCAAAACUACACUUACUUCAAACUGUUCUCAAGACUCCAUAUAAAGUACAGGAUGAAGCAGAGAUGGCGCUGUUUGCUCAACGACCUCCACAGUGGGCCAAUAAGAUCCGGGUCAGCUGUUCGAGCUAGUGGUUUAUUAAGACAAGAAUAUAA